AUGAGUCAAAUCGAUACUCUUUCCGAUUCUGGUGAUGUUUCUUUCGAUUCAAAUGGCUUGCAACCACCUCAAGCUUUAUCCAAUCAUUCAUCACCGAUCAAAUCACUUCCAAAUAAUAAAACUCUUCGUCGUAAACGUAGUAGUGCAAAUGCUGCAUUGACAUCAAGACCUUCUCUGUUGAAUUUACGUGAUGGUCGUGUCCCAAUCAGCAAAGCUCAAUUGUCACCAACAUUGAAUGGUAAAGUGAUCCAAGCAGCAAAUUUAUUAGGUCUUACGCCUUCUUCACCUUCUACCUUGACACCAUCAAUGAAUCUUGACGAAGGAAUGGAAUUACAUCAAAGCUUGACAGCUCUUACGUUAGGCAAUCCAACUGUUGGCUCGUUACCGGGUUAUUCCGAAAGCAUUUUUAGCUCAUCAGCCACAGAAUCGGACAUAAGUGCAACGUUCUCCGAUGUGUCAAUGUCAAGAAGACCAAGUUGGGACGUAGACGAAGUGAAUGAGUUCAAAAUGUCAAUUAGUGAAGGAAUUGAUCGUAAUCGAUUGAUUUUGGCACACGUCAUUACCACUUAUGAUCAAAAUGGUAGCAUUCAAAGCGAAAGCCUUGGUCAUGCACUUAUAACACCUAACAUCUUGAUUACACACGUUGGGCACAUUGUACCUGUCCAAGAUUUGAAUAACUGGACAAACUUACGUGCCACGGUGGAACAAUCCAGAAUCGUUGCAAUGUGUUCUGAUGAAGCAAAGAGAACGUUUGAGAUGUUAGGUGGACAAACGACGAAGCACAUUUCCACAUUCUAUUUGCAAUCAGAAGGAGGCAAAAGCGAAGGAAAACUUUCAAAGAUCAUCGUUCACGGCUUGGAAGGCAAAAAUCAAGAUAAAUUCGAUGAAGCCAGAUUAGAAGCUUUGCCACAACAAUUACGUGCUCUCAUUCGUCAAUCGAGUGAGAUUGUAGAAUAUUCCAAGCUCGUCAAUCCUACAGCAGAUCAAGAAGCAAAGUUCAGCAAUGCUCUUUUGACCGUUGAUUUUGCGAAAAGCAACCUUGUUGAACGUCGUCAAGAGUUUGCGAUGCGAAUGCAUUUCAUUCCCGAUGUCACCUUGAUCAAACGUGAAUACAAAGAAUGUAACAAGAUAGCAUGUUCAUUAGACAAGCAUUGUACGAGUGCGCUUGCCAAGAAGUACAAUGAUAGUUGCAUUGGAUGUUAUAAUAAAAUGUGUUAUGAUUCUUCGAAACAAAUGGCAAAACAGAAAUCAUUCAAGAAAGGAUCCUCUUCCAAGAAGAAGGAAAAAGGACAAAGUUCAAAAGGUAAAUCAGGAACGAGCAAUUGA